AUGGUGGAUGUCGUCGACUCACUUCAGAGUCAUCUGGUUGAGUUGUGUGUGUUGUAUCACUUGACUCAAUUACUGUCAGCAUGCAGGCCAAAAACGUCAAGUUACUCUCGUAUAAAUAAAAAAGAAAUAAAUCCAAAUAGCAAUUGUGAUAAACUUUGUCAAGAGAGUUUCAAUGAGGCAACAAAAAAUCUCAAUGAAUUACUUUGGGAGAAUAUGGAUCUCAAUAAACUACUCCGACUCCAACCUUCACAAAGAUUACAGAAGAAAAGAGAAAUUAAAAAAAUAGUAGAUAAAUUAAAUAAUACCUUGUAUAUAAUUGAUAAACAAUUGUCAAUUGACGACAAAAAUCAUUGGAAAGUUUCAUAUACAUCAGGUUCUAAUUUCGCUGAUAAUAAACGAGGUAUUAUUUCUUAUUCAUUGCUAGUAGUAUCAGGCGUCGAUACUAAUUUUAAUUGUUGUUACAAAAAAGACACGACAUUACUGUAUCAUGUACCAGCAACAAUACCCGGACAAUAUAUUUCAACUCGUGGAUUUAAAACAAGUCGCAAUAUUACUGCUGAAAGAGAAAGAAAUCCAUCGCUGGCCGGAAGACUGAAAACAUGGUUUGGGCUUUCGAAAAUAGGCGAAGAAAAGCUAAAAUUAGCAGUCAACCGAAUGGACAUGGAACAAUUAAAAAAUCUUCUUACCAAUUCAGAAUUAUCAAAUGCAGAUAAACAGAGUAUAAAAAUAGCAUUUGCUGAGGGAUAUCUCGCCGGGAAUGAAAGAAAACCACCAGUACGAUCGUUCAAGUGGAUUAAAAUUCUUCAGCAGAUAUUGUCGCCAAUAAUGUUUAUCAUAGUAUGCACUAUUUUAUUAGGUGUGUAUAAAAAACUCGGCAACGGAGGUAUGUUUAGAAUUCCACUGGGCUCUUACACAGCAAUCGAUCCAGAAGAAAUAAACGUUACAUUCGAUGAUGUAAAGGGUGUAACUGAAGCUAAACAAGAAUUAAAAGACGUCGUUGAAUUUUUAAAGAAUCCAGAAAAGUUUUCAGCGCUGGGUGGACGUUUACCCAAAGGAGUUUUAUUAGUAGGGCCACCGGGUACUGGUAAAACAUUAUUAGCACGAGCUGUCGCCGGAGAAGCACACGUACCAUUCUUCCAUGCCGCUGGUCCGGAGUUUGAUGAAGUAUUGGUUGGUCAAGGAGCUAAACGCGUCCGAGAUUUAUUUAGAGCGGCCAAAGAACGCGCUCCAUGUGUUAUAUUUAUCGAUGAAAUCGAUUCUGUUGGUGGAAAGCGGACAACAUCGUUGAUUCAUCCUUACGCGAAUCAAACAAUCAAUCAGUUAUUGUCUGAGAUGGAUGGAUUCCAACAAAACGAAGGUGUCAUUGUAUUGGGAGCUACCAACAGGCGUGAUGAUUUAGAUAAAGCGCUUAGACGUCCAGGACGUUUCGAUGUUGAGAUUUACGUUCAUAAACCAGACUUAAAGGACAGAAAGGAAAUAAUUGAACUGUAUUUAUCUAAAAUCUUAGCUAAAUCACUGGAUGUCGAUGCAUUGGCGCGAGCAACAACCGGAUUUACUGGAGCUGACAUCGAAAGUAUGGUUAACCAAGCUGCGUUGAAAGCUGCUAUCGAUGGAGCUGAUUAUGUUACGAUGGAUCACUUGGAGAAGGCAAGAGAAAAAGUUAUCAUGGGUCCAGAAUUAAAGGGACGUAUGCCAGACUUGGAAGAAAAUCGCAUCACAGCUUACCACGAAGCUGGUCAUGCGUUAGUAAGUUUUUACUCUAAAGAAGCUAUGCCGUUGGCCAAAGUAACUAUUAUUCCAAGAGCUGGAAGUCUUGGGCACACUAGUUCGUUACCCAAAAAAGAUAUUUACCAUCAAACUAAACAACACCUGUUGGCUGCUAUGGACACAUCGCUUGGUGGCCGUGCUGCUGAAGAAUUAAUUUUUGGAAUGGAAAAAAUUACUGUUGGAGCAGCCAGUGAUCUUCAAAAAGCUACUCAGAUUGCUGAAGCUAUGGUUAAAAAUUAUGGAAUGUCAGAGAAAGCUGGGUUCAGAGUUGAGACACAGGAUAAACAAAAUAAAAAUGGGACCGAGUUGAGUCCCAACACUGCUGAAAUUAUUGACAGCGAAGUUAAACGUUUAUUACAGGAAUCUUACGAUAGAGCCAAAUCAAUUCUAAAAACUCACGCUAAAGAACACAAACUUCUUGCCGAAGCACUAUUAAAAUACGAAACACUCGACGCCGAGGAAGUAAAAGAUCUUUUAAAUGAAAAAAAAGUUGAUUCUAUUGGUGAAAAAAGAGCACCAAUAAUAGACGUACCGACCAAUGUUAUGUGA